AAUUUAGCAAGUAUAAAAGCGCAUGUGUACGGGAGAGCGAGCCAUCGGGAUCGCUCAGCAUGAAGCCGCUCGUCACGCUUUGCUUCUUGGGCCUCGCGCUCCACCUGACCGCCGCCGCGUCGGUGCACCUUGCAGCUCACACAGCAGGAGAUGAACUUCCUAAAGCAUGUGAGCAUCACAGGGACAGUGUCCAGACCACCAGUCCAGAAGGUUAUCCUAUAGUAGGAGCUUUUGUACCUCAGUGUGAUGCUAAUGGACAAUACACACCUCAACAGUGUCAUGGUUCCAGUGGACAUUGUUGGUGUGUGGACAAUCAAGGCCAAGAAAGACCAGGAACCAGAACUCCUCCUGGUACAACACCAACAGACUGUGAUAAACCAGAAGGUCCUAAAAGCCAUUGUGAGCAUCACAGGGACAGUGUCCAGACCACCAGUCCAGAAGGUUAUCCUAUAGCAGGAGCUUUUGUACCUCAGUGUGAUGCUAAUGGACAAUACACACCUCAACAGUGUCAUGGUUCCAGUGGACAUUGUUGGUGUGUGGACAGUCAAGGCCAGGAAAGACCAGGAACCAGAACUCCUCCUGGUACAGCACGAACUGUCUGUGAUAAACCAGAAGGUCCUAAAAGCCACUGUGAGCAUCACAGGGACAGUGUCCAGACCACCAGUCCAGAAGGUUAUCCUAUAGUAGGAGCUUUUGUACCUCAGUGUGAUGCUAAUGGACAAUACACACCUCAACAGUGUCAUGGUUCCAGUGGACAUUGUUGGUGUGUGGACAGUCAAGGACAGGAAAGACCAGGAUCCAGAACUCCUCCUGGUACAACACCAACAGUCUGUGAUAACCCAGUGCCGGACCGAUGUGAUGGGAUAGAAUUUGACGCCAUCACGCCAGACGAGAAAGGAAACACUCUCUUCUUCAAAGGUGGCCACUUAUGGGAGGGCUUCCACGGUCCAGCCCGGCUCUCCAGUGAGUCCUUCAAGGAGCUGGGCCCUCAUGUGGAUGCCGCCCUCCGCAUGCACGACACGGAGAAACCGGACCACCACGACCACAUCUAUUUCUUCCUGGGUGACAAGGUGUUCCGCUACUACGACCGCUCCCUGGAGGACGGCUACCCCAAACCCAUACAGGACGACUUCCCCGGAGUCCCGUCACACCUGGACGCCGCCGUGGAGUGUCCCAAAGGAGAAUGCGCCUCUGACUCUGUUCUCUUCUUCAAGGGCCAGGACGUGCACGUGUACGACAUCAGCACGAAGUCAGUGAAGACAAAGACGUGGUCGGAGUUGCCGGCGUGCACGUCGGCAUUGCGCUGGCUGGAGCACUACUACUGCUUCCACGGGAACAACUUCACCAGAUUCCACCCGGUGACGGGACACGUCAACGCCUCCUACCCCAAGGAUGCACGGCGAUACUUCAUGACCUGUCCCAACUUUGGCCACGGCGGUGAUUAUAAAGUGCCAAAGUGCAGCCAAGUUCAACUGGAUGCCAUCACCACCGACGACGCAGGCAAGAAAUAUAUCUUUACAGGUGAAAUGUACAUGCGUCUGGACACCCAGCGGGACGGUUGGCACGCCUUCCCCAUCAGCAGGAACUGGAAGGCGAUGACGGGAAGGGUGGACGCCGUCUUCUCCUAUUCCGACAAAAUCUACAUGAUCAAGGGGGAAGAGGUGUUCAUCUACAAGCAGGAGGCGCACUACACCCUGAUCCAGGGCUACCCCAAAUCCCUGAGGGAAGAGCUGGGCAUCCAGGGCCGAGUGGACGCCGCCUUCCUGUGUCCGAACGAGCACACGGUGCACAUCAUCCAAGGAAGCAGAAUGCUUGACGUGGACCUGAAUGCCACGCCCAGAGCCGUGACCCGAGACAUCCCCCUCCCCCUGUCCGAGAUCGACGCCGCCAGGUGCGGCCCCGAUGGGGUGGACGUGUUCCGGGGCCACCAGUACUACCGCUACCCCAAUGCCUUCCUAUUGGCCGUCACCAAAAUCGCCCCGGUGCCUCUGGACAUCACCCCUGACAUGAUGGGAUGUCGGUCCUAGUCUGGCCUUCCUCCUGGCUGGCUCGACUCAUGUCCGCCUUCCCUUGCCCCUCGUGGGACCAAUAAAGAUUUACCUUACCUUA